AGGAAGUACCAAAACCAAGGAGAAUCUUGACCAGUUGUUGCUGACUUUCUGCAUAGACUAACAGAAGUUCUCGGGAUCUGUCACUCCUGCACUUGUGGAUUUGGUGUCUGGUCAGGUGACGAGAGCCAUGCAGUUAGUCCUGAAGGACAGUCUGGUGAACUACCUAAUGAACGUGGUCCACAAGCACCUGUUUGCUACCAUCACCAACUGCAUGAAGAGCAAUGACUCAUAUCUGAACAAAAAGAACUCUUACUUGGUGGACACGCGUCUAGAACACCUGCAUGUGCGCGCAGAGUAUGAGGAGAAUUUGCCGGGCUCGCAGAAAGAGCUGUCCAAGCUAAAUGACUUCAGUACGCCUCUCAAACGUCUACAGUGCCUCAAACGUGUCGUGACGCUUUGUACAAGGCUUGUGGAAGCUGCAAAAAGUGACAACUGUAAGAGAGAUGGAGGAUAUUUAUUGGAUUUGGUGGAAUAUCAUUUUUAA